AUGGUUUAUCCGUUAGUAAAAAUAUAUUUCGGCUAUUCGCUGGCACUUGGAAUUACUUCGCGGAAACUAGCCAACCAAAGGUUCUACAGUACAUUAUUUUCCCGGACUUAUGCCCUAGUUGCAAAUAUCAUAACGCUUACAGUGCUGCCAUUUGUAAUGUGGCAAGUCCGCUUGGUUUUCGAGACAAAAAUGCACUUUCCGCAGCUCAUUUUGAUUACCUAUAAUGUGAGAUAUCUGGUUUCGUAUGUGGUAAUAUCAUAUACAGUCCUAUCGCGUGGAUUUCGAGAUACAGCUUUUAACGAAAUGCAACCAUUGCUGCAAAGAUUACUUCAGGAGGAAAAGGGAGGUAGAUGUACCCGAUGUGGACGGAAAUCCUUAAUAGUUCUUAUAUAUGUCAAGUUCUUCACCAUAACGUGGUUGUGCCUUACGGAAACCAUAUUUCUCUUUUAUUCGAAUGAGCCUAUGAAUAUAGUCAAUAUAGCCAGAUUUAUUUUCCUGACUAAUGCCACGAGCAUUCUGAAUAUGGUGCCAAUGGGUUACUUCCUUGCAUUGUGGCAUAUUGCUCGAGGCUUUGAUAAUAUGAACCAACGUUUGGAUAAGAUUAUAACAUCAAAAUCUUCUAAACAUUUGAAAGAGCUGCAGGAUCUAUGGUUACUUCACACCGAUCUCACCAAAACAGCCUUAAGAAUAAAUAAGAUCUAUGGCCCCCAGAUGUUGGCCUCCCGCUUUGAUAACUUUAUAAUUGGCGUAAUACAAGCCUAUUGGGGAGCCUUUUUUACCUUUCGUGUAUCCACUCCUAUUUUUUGGAUAGUGUACGGAAGUGUUCAAUAUCAAAUCCGUGCACUAGACUAUUUUCUCAACGAUUACUUGGCCGAUUUGGUCGUGGAGUACCAGAGGUCAGCCAAGCAUUCCUGGAGUGAAAUUCACUGGACGAAAGAGACAAGUUCCUAUGUGAUCUACGCCAAUAGUUUGAAGUUAGAGCUGCGGACUUGUGGACUUUUUCCAGCGAAUCGCAGUAUGUGGUUCGAUAUGGUCAGCGGCAUUUGGUAUUAUAUUUUAGUGCUCCUGCAGUUUCAUUUCAUUAUGGAGAAAUAA